CAGCGCAUUGCAUUGCCCUUUGCAAGGGGAUGUUGCACAGAGCAAUACCUCUUGCAGGGUGUGGCACAGGGGCGUUGCACAGGGCAUCUUGUGAGCAUCGCAUGGGGAUGUCGCGUGUGACAUCGCAUGGGACAAUGCCUAGAGCUUGGACAGGGCGUUGCAUGGGGAAGUGGCAUGGGGAAGUUGUGUGGAGCUUUGCAUGGGAGCUUUGCAUGGGAGCAUUGCACAGAACAUUGCGUGGGGACAUUGCACAGGGUAGGGAAAAGGGGCUCGCCCACUACUGACCCCAUCCCCAACCCUGCUCCAGCGCAGCCCCAAGUCCGCAUCAUCCCUGCGGAGACGGGGAAUGCCCGUGUGCCCGUGCGCCUCAGCUGCCACAUCUGGGGCUUCUACCCCCCCGAGGUGACCGUCAUCUGGCUGCGCAACGGGGACAUCGUGGAGCCCGACGACUACAACCCCAUCUCCGCCAUCCCCAAUGGCGACUGGAGCUACCAGACGCAGGUCCCGGACUGAUGCCGGAGGUGACGAUACUGGUGGCGGUGGCCACCGUGCUGAUGGUGCUGGGACUUGGCUUAUUUCUCGCCGGCGUCUACCGCUUCAGGGCCAGGCCUCC